AUGGCGGAUCCUGGAUCACGUGGUGAAGAUUCAGAUGGUGUGGAAGCGGAAGACGAGUCUGAAAGUGAAAAGAGAAGGGGGGUGCCCUCUCUACGAGAGCGUUUACCUAUGUCUGCUGGACUAGGAGUAGGUGAACUUCGGGCUCGUUUAGGGGUUUGGUUAAGCAACGUGGUGGCUCUAGAUGGUGCAGUUGAUUGUUUGGUAGAAUUUGGUGAUUACAGCUUGAGUGAGACGUUUCCCAUAGGAGCGACGGGCCCAGGACAGGGCAUGAGAAACGAUGCGGUCGACGGCAGAAUGUUAGCUACAUGGAUAAAAAAAUACCAGCAUUUACUGUUCUCCGUCCUGCUGGUAGCUGGUUUGUCGUCUUUGAUGGUUCUAGCACCACGUGGGAAUGUUAGCUACAUGGAUAAAAAAAUACCAGGUAAUUAUUCCCAUUUACUGUUCUCCGUCCUGCUGGUAGCUGGUUUGUCGUCUUCGACCAUCAUUUACAUGUAUUCAAAUAAUAUUAUGAAUAUGAAUAUUGGUAUAACGUCUGAUGUGAACACAGGUUUCAGUUAUUCAAAUGCCAACAGUUCAAAAUAUGUUAUUUAUAUCUGUGAUGGGAAGAACUUAUGUGGAGGAUAUGGUGAUAGACAAAAAGGAAUUGUGGCUUCAUAUAUUAUAUCUGUUAUGUUGAACAGACAAUUUGGUGUAAUAAUGAACGAUUCGUGUGAUAUAAAACAAAUGUUCAAACCGAAUCAAAUUAACUGGAUAGUGGAUAAUAAUAAAAUAAAAAAUAAAACUUCAAAGAGAAUUGCGGCUCUAGAUGGUUAUUGCGACAAGUUGAGGAAAUCCAUGAUAGAAAUGGAUCUAGAUCAAGAAUAUAAAGAAGAAGUAAUUUAUUUUUCUUUAAAUUUAGAAUUCGUGUUUUAUCUCCGACAAAACAUAAGAUAUGAAAAACAGUUAAAGUGGUUGGAGCACCUGUCAAUGUCAGAAAUAUAUAAUGUAGUAUGGCACAAGCUUUUUAAGUUAAGGCCACACAUUCAAGAAAAACUUGACCCUUUUUUAGAUCUGAAAAAACAAGGACUAAAAUUGAUCAGUGCUCAGAUACGACUUGGAAAAAAUCCAACGAUUCCACGUGACUCUAAAGUGGUAAAUAGUUUAAACAAUAUGAAUGUUUUAUGGCAAUUUUAUAAAAAAUAUAAUGACAGUUCUAAAUAUAGAAUAUUUAUUAGUACUGAUAGUGACACUGUUCGAGAAAAAGCCAGAUCCAUAUUUCCAGACGUCUAUUCUGAUGUCCCAGGUAAAGUGUUCCAUGUUGAAAGAUCAAAUAAAACUGAUGUAUGCAAUGGUUGGCGUAAAGUGAUACUAGAUCAAGUAAUUCUUAGUCUGUCUGAUGUUUUAGUGAUAAGUAAUAGUGGAUUUGGGAGAAUAGCUGCAUUUUUUCGACAAAAUGAAAAUGAUUUAUACUGUUUGAAUCUAGAUAAAAUACGUCGUUGUACCACACAAUCUGAGAUAUUUAAUGGCAAAUCUUAUUGUUAA